GGCCCUUUAAGAGCGGAGGGAGGGUGUUCUGGACGGUUUGGUUGCGGUGUUUUUGUCUCCCUGUCAAUGAGCGCGCCUGGCCCAAGACGGCUAAACGAAUUUCUAAGCGUAGGUGCUGACCGUGACAAAGAGGGGAUAGAAGAGGAGAGGAGCCUGAGCAGGAGACUGGGGAGGAGAGACCAUCCCCGCAGCAUUUUGAGCAGCUGGGAUAUCGUGGGUGCACGUGGGACAUCAUGGCUCAGGUGCUGCACAUGGACCCAGGCUUCCCAGGAGGGAAGCUUACCCCAUCCGGUCCCCCCUCACUUCAUGGGAAGGAGCAGGAGGCGCCCUACUCCGUGGAGACCCCCUAUGGCUAUCGUCUGGACCUGGACUUCCUCAAGUAUGUAAAUGACAUUGAGAAGGGAAACACCAUCAAGAGGGUGCCCGUCCAGCGUCGUUCGCGCUAUGGGUCUCUCCCACGGGGCUACGGGUACACAGGCUCCUGGUGGACCUCCACAGAGUCCCUCUGCUCCAACACCAGCCAGGACAGCCGGCACUCCUCCUUCUCCUACUGCGCCCCGGGCUACCACCCACACGGCUCCCACUCCCAGAGGCCCAACUUCAGCACGGCCCGGGUGGAGAAAACCCUGCUGGAUGCCCGGAGAAAGCUGGAGGAGGAGAAAGAGGGGGCCCCGAGGAGGUUCUCCAGCACGCUGGGCAGCAUGCACAACAGCGUGGCAGGAUCCACCACCUCCCUGAGCAGCGCCCACAGCUACAAUCGCACCCAUGGAGGAGGAACGGGCUCCUUCACCCCCGUGAGCUCCGGCCUGUCCACGCCUGUGUCGCCCACACCGGCCCACCUGCAGCAUGUCAGAGAGCAGAUGGCGGUGGCCCUCAGGAAGAUCCGGGAACUUGAGGAGCAGGUUAAGACCAUCCCUGUGCUCCAGGUGAAGAUAUCUGUGCUACAGGAGGAGAAGAGACAACUCAGUGUCCAGCUCAAGAGCCAGAAGUUUCUGGGACAUACCAUGGGCUUUGGGAGGUCGGCCCGGUCCAGGGGGGAGCUCUACAUCGACAUCCCAGAGGAGGAGGUGCGCCCUGGGGGUGCACCCCCCACCAAGGCUUCGGCAGGCCCUCUGUCCCCCACCACUCCAACCAGCCCUGGGGAUGCACCCCCGACCAAGGCUUCAACAGGCCCUCUGUCCCCCACCACUCCAACCAGCCCCGGGGGGUCGCGGCUUCAGACAGACUCAGGCUGUGAGAUCGAGGAUACCGUCAUCGUGGGCGGGGCACGGCCGGCAGGGCGGAGGGAGGUGCGUACCAUCGGGGUGGGGCCAGAGGAGGCGAGGGACAGCCGGCAGGUGGGAGUCGGGGUGAAGGAGCAGGACCUGGGGCUGAUGAGCGAGACAGAGGCCCUGAAGUGCCAGGUGGGCCGGCUGGAGGGCCAGCUGAAGAGGACGAUGCAGGAGCUGCAGGCUGUCCAGCAGCAGGCCCAGGCCCCCCAGGCCGACCACCCGGUCAGGGCCACCAGUCUGACCUGGCAGGACCCGCAGGGACGCAGUCUGCAGACGGUGGUCAGCUUUACACAGCCGCCCCAUCGCCAGGAGCAGAGGACUGUGGGAAUCCAAGUUUACACACUGGAACAGCCGGCCACUGUGGUGGGGGUGGGCACGUUGCUCCGGGCAGAGGGGUGCCGGUCCCCCUCUCUACCCCCAGGCGGUCCAGUCCUGGAGGGACGCCACGUAGGACAGCCACAGGCCUCGGGCCCCGAGGAUGCACCUGUCGAGCUUCCCAUCGCCAUUUCCUCCAAGCAGGUUCGAGAGGUCUUGAGAAGUGAGUUGUCCACCUCUGUGCCUGUCACUAAUCCUGCCAUCGCCAUGGAUACAGUUGGUAAUCAGAUGGCUUUAAUGCAUCUGAAGGAAGGAGAGACACACCAGCACAUUGCCAUGGAGAGCGUCCAGUCUCAGGAAGACCUAUCCAAACCAGCUGCAGCAGCAUCUCCUCAGGCCGCCCUGAGGUCCAUUAUGAAACGCAAAGCCAGCGGAGAACCUGGCUCUCCGUCGACCAAGAAGAACCUCCAGUUCAUUGGAGUCAAUGGAGGGUAUGAGUCCACCUCCUCAGAGGACAGUAGCAGUGAGAGUUCAGAGGAGAGCGAUGCCAGUGAAUACCAUGAGGCCGCAGAGAAACUUCCGUCGACAGCAGCAGAGGCUACAUCAGCAACUCAGCACCAGCAAGCAGCCGCAGUCUCCGACACAGAGGCUCCGCCCCCCACUACCGGUGUCCAACCCCCGGCCUGCCAACCUGCCCCCGUCCAAGGCAACCACCAAUCAGGAGUCACAGACACAGGACUACCGCAGGCAGCCAAACAAUCCCCAGCCAUGGAGACUGGCGUGCAGAAAUGUGCCUCUCAGCCGCCGGCCUCUUGUCCUGCCACCACAGGGAGUGCCAGCCUCACCCCGGCCAAUGACUGUGUAACUCAGGAGAGAACUGUCAAUUCAUCCGUCCCGUACCAAAUUCUUCAGAGAAGUGACACUAGCAAUACUGAACACGCUCCACCUGAGCAUAGCACUGUCCAAUCUGUAGCUACUAGUUGCACACCCCCCAAGCCACCCAGAUGCCAACCAGAUGUCACCGACCCUAAUGGAAAGAUGAAUGUUACCCAAUCAAAUACCACUCCUAUCACCGUUCAGAAAGAUGCCAUCCAAUCACAAACUACUGACUUCGCUCCUGAGCAUUGGCCCACUCCUUCCCCAGCAAGUGGGCAAAGUUGCCAGCCAGGGAUAAUCCAAUCAUCUGCCUCGACGACGACACCUGAAAAACCCCCACGUGCUACUGCGUCAGCCAAUCAAGACUCCAGACUAGUGUUGAGUGAGAGCCUGAAGGAAUCCCUCCAUGCCCUGCAGAAAGCCCUGGGUGAACCAAAUGCCUUCAGCCAGCAGGGGGCGAGGACGGCCUACACCGCGGUGCUCCAGGAGUGGCUGCGCGUGUCCUGUCACAAGGCGGCCGACGUGGCCGUGGUCAAGGCCUACAUGGACAGCUUCUCCUCCGUCUCCCCUCAGCUGCUGGAGUUCGUGGUCAACAUGGCCGACGGCAACGGCAACACGGCUCUGCACUACACCGUCUCCCACUCCAACUUCCCUGUGGUCAAGCUUCUGCUGGACACUGGCCUGUGCAACGCUGACAAGCAGAACAAGGCUGGCUACACAGCCAUCAUGCUGACAGCUCUGGCUGCCUUCCAUUCUGACAAUGACCUUCACACUGUCCUGCAGCUGCUGCGCACAGGAGACGUCAAUGCCAAAGCUAGCCAGGCGGGCCAAACAGCACUGAUGCUAGCGGUGAGUCACGGACGGGGGGACAUGGUACGGGCACUGCUCACCUGUGGCGCGCAGGUCAACAUCCGCGAUGACGACGGCUCCACGGCGCUCAUGUGCGCCUGCGAGCACGGACACGUCGACAUCGUUCGCCAGCUGCUUUCUGUGCCGGGCUGUGAUGCCACCCUCGCUGAUAACGAUGGCAGUUCAGCCCUCUCCAUAGCCCUGGAAGCCAGUCACAAUGACAUCGCUGUGCUUCUCUACGCUCACCUCAACUUCGCCAAGCCACCUUCCCCUGUGUCACCGAAGUCUCCUCUGUUGGGAUCCUCCCCUCCGUCUGGUGAAACCAAGUGACCACGAUGCUAGAUGUCUUUGGUGAAUUUCGCAGCACUGCUUCAACCAGCUCUUACAAUAUUUCACAAAAAGUGUGUAUAUUUUUGUGUGUUCAUUUGUCUGUGACUAUGUAUGUGUGUGAGAGAGUGAUUGUCAAUUGUCAUUGUGUUUUCUUCCCAUUCUCUCUUCAAUUUCUGUAUGUCCACAUAUCGGCAUGAAAGCUAGUAUUUGACACAACCCUAAUGCAUAUUUUUGUCCAUUCUGAGAUAAUUAUCACAUGGCAGAAUAAGCAAUUCCCAUUAGAAAAACUUUACAUCCCCUCUCAGUAGUAACUUCCAUUAUUUCUGUAUUUGUUAGUGGCACUAAAUUAGCAGGUUUGUUUUUACUUUCAGUUCCUUAUUGUGGUUCCUUAUGGUCCCAACAAAAAUGAAAGAAUACUGCUUUAACAUUCACAUUUUCAACAUACAAUCUCCUGCUGUGAAGUGUUCAACUUCCAAUGAUCUAUGUAAAACGCACCACCCACUGCCUCCCCCCAUGUGCCCACUGCCUCCCCCCAUGUGCCCACUGCCUCCCCCCAUGUGCCCACUGCCUCCCCCCAUGUGCCAAAGAUAAACAAAACAAUAAGGACAAAAGAAAGAUAAACCCCAACAGUGCAGAAAGGUGAACAAAGCCUAUUUUUGGUUCAUAAGCAUUUUGUUAACCCACAAGCAAUAUAUUUAAUUCUAUAUAUUGUUGAAAAUUGAUAAGUUGCAGUGACCCCAUGGGAAUUGGUCUUGUCAUAUCACAAUAUUGUACCACACAAGUCACCCAUAUCAUUUUCAAAUAAGCAAAUAUCUUAAGUGUACUUCAUUGAAUGUGUCAGUCAACUGAUUGGUGCUAAAUGAAUUCUGAUACUAGACCCCAAUCUUUUUCAGUAGGCUAACAGUAUUUUUAUAUUUACAAUCUUUACAAAAUUUACACUAAAGUAUUUUUUAUAGUGUAUUUUUAUUGAAUCCAAAUGUCUGUACAAUGUUUACACAAUCUACAGCAUAGUAUCUCCAACACUGCUAACAGAUAACAAACUUUAUACAUAACAUUGAUAUUUCAUAUGUCUAGGACUACAAGUUCCUCAAAAGGAUUGUUUUAAAUAUUGGUCUUACUGAUGAAAUUCUAACCAUGUUUAGUCAUUGACCAAAGUAAGUCAGCACAUGUAGUCUAAAGUUGAGCAGGUAGUUGUUGGACAGGGCUGCUUUGCCUUGUCACACACCCGACUCCUUUUGGCAUUUUGGUCUGGGUAUGUAUGCUCCUCCCAGUGCAUAUGUUCUAGAAAAUACUAUCCGUGUGGGUGAGCAGUGGCUUAAGAUUCUGAGCAGCGUGGCAAGAGGUGCAGAGGACAUCUUCAACUCUGUACAGCUUGAAUCGUCCGGAAUUGGACAACACUAAACUAGGGAAUGGAGAAAAACAAUAUCAAAUCAAGAGAAAACAAAACCAAGAUAUUAAAGAUGUAGUCUGGGACUUUUUCUGUGUAGAAUCCCUGUCAUAUCCCAGCAGAGCAAUUUUAAGUUAAAAGUGAUGGGGCAGAUAUCGGCACAUAAAUGUCAAUUUUACGGAUACAUGUUUUGGCUUGAAAGUGUCGCUCUUAUAAACAGUGGCCAAAAAUCCCAGCAUGCAUCUUUAAGCACAUAACUACUUUUUUGUUACACUGUAUGUUACGGUUAGUAAGAAGUAGUGACCAAACAGAAAAGUCUCAACAAAAGGUGGUAACAGCAGUAAUGUUUUUAUGAAGGAAACUAUAAGGUAGCUUACUCUCACUAUCCAGUAAAUUUACUUAAUUUCUGAAAUUAAAGAUUGUUUAUUUUUUUUAAUAAAGGUUUUAUGAAUGGUUUUACUAAGGGAAAGUCUGAGGUAGUUUUGAAAAGACUUGGGUGCGUGAGGUGAAAGGCAAGGUGUCUGCCAGUUUAGUGGUCACUUUGUGGAUUUGUUGGUAACUAGAACGUGACAGAAAUGACGUUGAAUCUAAUUAAGAAUUUGCAUUGUAAUAUAGCUAUACCAAAAUUGCUAAUUAUACAUACGAUUAUUCUACAAUAGUGGUGAUACAUGAAAUGAAUACUGAAAUAUUGAAGUCCAGAAUACAACUAAAUAUUGUUGUUUCCUUUUUUCCCAACUGUUCAGUAUUUUUUCUGGAAUUGUAUUUGACACCAUUUUAUAUUUGUUUAUUUAACUUUUAUACAUUUAUAUUGGUAUUGCUUGUUCACAAAUACGUUUUAUCUUCUCGCACAUGGUUCUUUUUUAUUUAGCUUUAUGUAAAAUGCUUAGCUUGUAAUUUUUCCAAUUGGAUUUAUGUUUUUGGAAGUUUUUGGAAGAAAGUUAAUAAACCUUGAUUGUCAGUUGUCUCUGUGUUUCUAGUAGAAGUAAAACCUGGGUAGAGGUUUCAGAAUUAUAGUGGUUCUCCUUUGGUUAAAUGCCUACUCAUUGUAAUACUCACAGAGAACAAUAAAAUAAAUCCUACCCUUUCCCAA